ACUAGAUAAGUUUAUGGUGGUUUAAGGUAUGGUAUCAAAAUCUUGCAACCUAAGCAGGUCGAAUCUGUCAACAACCUCGGAUGUGCCAGAUUCACAUGGAAAACCUCCAUUGCCCCCGACAGUAACAUUUGCCCGUAGGACUCCAUCAGGACGAUAUGUUAGCUAUUCAAGGGAUGACCUUGAUAGUGAACUGGGGAGUAGUGAUUUUAUGAACUACACGGUACACAUUCCUCCCUCACCCGACAACCAACCAAUGGAUUCAAUCUCUCAGAAGGUUGAAGAGCAAUAUGUAUCGAGUUCACUUUUCACAGGUGGAUUUAAAAGUGCUACUCAAGCUCAUCUCAUGGACAAGGUGAUUGAAUCAGAAGUCAAUCAUCCCCAACUGGCUGGUGCAAAAGGAUCUUCAUGUGCAAUUCCUGGAUGCGAUGCUAAGGUGAUGACAGAUGAGCGGACUGUGAAUAUUGUCCCCUGUGAGUGUGACUUCAAGAUAUGUAGAGAUUGCUAUUUGGAUGCAGUUAAAACUGGAGAUGGAAUUUGCCCUGGUUGCAAGGAGCAAUAUAAGACCAUGGAUUUGGAUGAAUUGGUGGAAAACAGGCAGCCACUUCCCCUUCCACUGCCAUCUGAGAUGUCAAAAAUGCAGAGGAGGUUGUCACUGAUGAAAUCAACAAAGUCAGUGCUAAUGAGGAGCCAGACUGGAGAUUUUGAUCACAACCGGUGGCUGUUUGAAACAAGGGGCACUUAUGGGUAUGGUAAUGCUAUAUGGCCAACGGGAGAAAGAACAGGGAAUGGAAAAGAUAAUGAAAUAUUUGAGCCUUCUGAACUGAUGAACAAACCGUGGAGGCCACUAACUCGCAAAUUAAGGAUACCAGCUGCCAUUAUCAGCCCAUAUCGGCUUCUGAUUUUUAUUCGACUGGUUGUUCUUGGAUUGUUCUUGGCAUGGAGGUUCAACCACCCAAACAACGAUGCCAUCUGGCUCUGGGGGAUGUCUGUGGUUUGCGAAAUAUGGUUUGCCUUCUCUUGGAUUCUUGACCAACUACCAAAGCUGUGCCCUGUUAAUCGAGCUACAGAUCUUAAUGUCUUAAAAGAUAAGUUUGAAACACCUAGCCCCAGUAACCCCACUGGAAAAUCUGAUCUCCCAAGUAUAGAUGUUUUUGUCUCUACAGCAGAUCCAGAGAAAGAACCCCCUCUCGUCACAGCAAAUACCAUCCUGUCUAUUCUAGCUGCUGAUUAUCCUGUUGAAAAGCUAGCUUGCUAUGUUUCUGAUGAUGGAGGUGCACUUCUAACCUUUGAGGCCAUGGCGGAAGCCGCACGCUUUGCAAAUACAUGGGUCCCAUUUUGCCGUAAACAUGGCAUUGAACCCAGGAACCCGGAAUCUUAUUUCAAUUUGAAGAGGGAUCCUUAUAAAAACAAGGUGAAGACAGACUUUGUCAAGGACCGUAGGCGGGUGAAACGAGAAUAUGAUGAGUUUAAGGUCGGCAUCAAUGGCCUGCCAGACUCCAUUUGCCGUCGUUCUGAUGCCUAUCAUGCUCGGGAGGAAAUAAAGGCCAUGAAGCAGCAACGACAGAAGACAGAUGAUGAACCUGUAAAGGAUGUCAAGAUCCCAAAAGCUACAUGGAUGGCUGAUGGAACUCAUUGGCCUGGGACUUGGUUGAAGCCUGCUCCAGAUCACUCAAAAGGUGAUCACGCUGGGAUAAUACAGGUGAUGCUGAAUCCUCCUAGCGAUGAACCUCUGCUGGGAACAGCUGAUGACUCCGGAAUAAUUGACCUGACUGAUGUCGAUAUCCGUCUUCCAAUGCUUGUUUAUGUUUCUCGUGAGAAGCGUUCUGGAUAUGAUCACAAUAAGAAAGCAGGGGCCAUGAAUGCCCUGGUUCGAGCCUCUGCAAUCAUGUCUAAUGGCCCCUUUAUUCUUAAUCUUGAUUGUGACCACUACAUCUACAAUUCCCAGGCUUUAAGGGAAGGUAUGUGUUUCAUGAUGGAUAGAGGUGGAGAUCGCAUUUGCUAUGUCCAGUUUCCACAGAGAUUUGAGGGUAUUGACCCUAAUGAUCGAUAUGCCAAUCGUAACACUGUCUUCUUUGAUGGCAACAUGCGUGCCCUUGAUGGACUUCAGGGUCCAGUUUAUGUUGGAACCGGAUGCCUCUUUCGAAGGAUUGCUCUUUAUGGGUUGGACCCACCUCGAUCAAAAGAACAUCACCCUGGCUGCUGCAGUUGCUGCUUACCUCGUCAGAGAAAGCAUGCCACAGGUUCAAGAAUCCCAGAAGAGAACCGGGCACUGAGAAUGGGUGAUUCAGAUGAUGAAGAGAUGAACCUUUCCCUUGCUCCUAAGAAGUUUGGAAACUCUGCUUUCCUCAUUGAUUCAAUCCCGGUGGCUGAGUUCCAAGGUCGCCCCCUUGCAGAUCAUCCAUCUGUGAAGAAUGGACGGCCUCCUGGUGCUCUCACCAUUCCCCGGGAGCUUCUUGAUGCGUCAAUUGUUGCUGAGGCAAUCAGUGUCAUCUCAUGCUGGUACGAGGAUAAGACUGAAUGGGGACAUCGUGUUGGAUGGAUUUAUGGGUCUGUAACUGAAGAUGUUGUCACAGGGUACAGGAUGCACAAUAGGGGAUGGAAAUCAGUUUAUUGUGUGACCAAAAGAGAUGCCUUCCGUGGGACUGCUCCAAUAAAUCUGACAGAUAGGCUCCAUCAGGUGCUGCGCUGGGCUACGGGCUCAGUUGAGAUAUUCUUCUCCCGCAACAAUGCACUUUUUGCUACCUCAAAAAUGAAGUUUCUGCAGAGGAUUGCAUACCUCAAUGUCGGGAUCUACCCCUUCACCUCAAUUUUCCUCGUUGUCUAUUGCUUUAUCCCCGCAUUAUCCCUCUUCUCAGGCCAGUUCAUUGUCCAGAGCCUCAACGUGACCUUCCUUGUCUACCUGCUCAUCAUCACACUAACGCUCUGUCUGCUUGCUGUGCUCGAGGUCAAGUGGUCAGGCAUUGAGCUAGAAGAGUGGUGGAGAAACGAACAAUUUUGGUUGAUUGGAGGAACUAGCGCUCACCUAGCUGCAGUGCUUCAUGGGCUACUAAAAGUCGUUGCAGGGGUUGAAAUCUCUUUCACUUUGACAUCAAAAUCAGCCGGUGACGAUAAAGAUGACGAAUUCUCUGAUCUCUACAUUGUCAAAUGGACGUCCCUUAUGAUCCCACCUCUUACAAUCAUGAUGACUAACUUGAUAGCUAUAGCAGUUGGGGUCAGCCGGACUAUUUAUAGCAUUAUACCACAGUGGAGCCGGUUACUGGGUGGCGUUUUCUUUAGUUUUUGGGUGUUGGCACAUCUCUACCCCUUUGCCAAAGGGCUUAUGGGUAGAAGAGGGAGGACACCCACCAUUGUUUUCGUUUGGGCGGGACUUCUGGCAAUCACCAUAUCCCUCCUCUGGGUGGCGAUCAAUCCCCCAGCCGGUACCAACCAAAUUGGAGGUUCCUUCCAGUUUACCUGAUAAG